AUGCAACAAAUGAGCAUUCAACUGGCAGCCCGCUUAUCUUCCAAAGGUAUUGGUCAUGGAAGUCGGCUCAUUACCCUGAUGUUGAAUCAAGCCCAAUGGGCACUUCUUUUCUGUGCAUCUGCACGCCUGGGCUGUCAUUUUGUGCCACUGGAUCCCCGGGUGCUUGAUCGUGACGGUCAUGAUGUUCUGUGUCUCCUGAACCAGCUAGAACCAGCGGCGAUGUUCGUAUCGACCAAGGCAAUGUCGAAUCGAAUCAACGAGAUAAAGUUCUGUCAAAAUGACCGACCUGUUGUUCAGUGCGUUGUCGCCGAUGAAGAAUAUAAUACAUCAGCCGGGUGGACGACACUGCACAAAAUCAUGUCGGAACCCUUAGUUGGCACUGCUGCUUUGCCUGCGCCCGGGAGACCAGACGAUACAGCGCUCAUUUUGUUUACGAGUGGCACCACUGCACUUCCGAAAGGAUGUCCACAUUCGUCCAUCUCUAUUGGUGCUCAAGCGCUGGGGCUUAUGGACAAUUUGGACGUAGGACCUGGCGCGAUCCUUUGCCAGCAUCUGCCCAAUUUUCAUGUCUUUAAUAUUGCGUUGACCCUUGCAUUCUGGCUUGCUGGUGCUACUGUCAGCUUUCCAAGCCCUUCUUUCAACCCACAGAGCAGUGUGCAACUGAUCAGAUCCCACCCACGAGUCUCAGUUCCCUGUGUCCCGGCAAUGGUACAUGCUUUAUCGACUUGUGUAUCCCCCGAGCACAGCUCUCGCCUUUCAUUUCAAAUGAUUCUAGGUGGUGCUCCGGUUACAUUGGACGUUAUAAAAUGCAGCAGGGAUCUUGGGGCGACGAGUGUCGUGGUAGGAUAUGGCAUGACUGAAGGUAUAGCUGUUCUCAAUACUUCCAUCGACACAACCUCCUUGGAGCUGAUUAACAGUGAUGUUUCUGUUGGGAGGGUAUUCUCCGGUGGCCGACUCCGGAUAUGUGCUUUGGGAAGCCGCACCCCCAUCCACAAGAAAGAGAUCGGCGAGGUGCAUCUCGGUGGUCUUCCAGUAUUCGACGGCUAUAUAGGCAGCAGAAGUGUCUCGUGUUAUCGUGAGAAUGGGGUGAGCUGGAUAGCCACAGGGGAUCAAGGGUAUAUGGAUGGCGAGGGCUAUCUUUACCUCCUUGGCAGGUAUAAAGAUCUCAUCAUCCGCGGUGGCGAAAACAUAUCCCCGUUGAAGAUUGAACAGUGCUUGGGCAAGUUUUCUGGGAUUAAGGAUGUCUGUGUUGUGGGUAUCUCAGAUGCUACUGCGGGUGAAGUUCCUGUUGCUGUGAUCCGAAAGGAUCCUUUGACACAAGCACCAAAACAACAAACUAUCCAAAUGAUGAUUUCGAAUAAAUUAGGGGCAUUCUUUGCACCAACACGCGUUUUUGAUCUUCAUGAUGACCUUCGAAAGGAUACCUACCCUACUACAACCUCUGGCAAAAUCCAGAAAGCAAUGCUUCGAGAAUGGAUCAUGGAUCAUCUUAGUCAGGUCGCCGUUGAGGAUCAAGACUCUUCCAAUGAUCUUACAUUGGAGGUAACGAAAGUUUGGUCCGAUAUAACGGGUCUGACGCUUGGAGAUAUCGAUCCUGAUGUGUCUAUACGAACCUUCACCGACAGUAUGAUGCAAAUCCAAUUUUGCCACCUGAUAGGCCAAAGGCUGCAAUUGGCAAUCAGACAGAGCGAUCUAAUUAAGUUCAACACGAUUAGAAAACAGGCCAUAUUGCUGAAAGAAAGAAAGCAACAGCACGCCAAAGGCUCUCACAGCCAUAACAUGGCCCAUGGCAUUCCAAUGCAGCUCGAUAUGAAGCGGGCGAAGCAUGUAGCAUCUUCCAAGUUGGACCAGUUUGGAUUUGGAUGGGAUGAUGUCCAAGAAGUCAUUCCAAUUUCUGACUGCCUGAAACGAUCACACUAUGGGUUUAGGCCGAAUUCGUGGAACAUCCGAAUGUCAUGGAUUUCGAAUUCAUCAAUUAUUAUUGCAGAGAUUCAGGCGGCCUUGUAUAUAUGGCUCCAGCGUCAUCCACUACUACGGUCCACGCCUGUUACAUACGAUGAUGAAUUAGAUCUAUACCUGGUUAUGCAUCCCAGUGCAGAUUGGAUGAGACUACAAGUCAUUGAUGGUGGGACGGUUGAAGAUGUGAAUUGUGUUGCAACAUACAAGCUCAAUGACCCCGAUUAUGACUACAUUGAUAGGAAUGGGCCGUUGUUCAGGGCUACAGUCCUCAGUGUGAACAAUUCAUCGGUCGUUGGGGUGGUUAUGCACCUUCACCACCUAAUUCUGGAUGCCCACAUCUUGUCUCGUUGGUUUGAAGACCUGAGAGAUAUUCUGAACCAUAAAGAGGACCUUCUUAAUUUCCAUCCUUACCAUCAUUACAUCACAGACUAUCAUAGGCACCGAACUGGUGCCGCAUCGCAGAAAGCGGUCGACUUCCAUGUCAACAGGAUUCGGGGAGUAUCUUGUGCUAAAGAUGCUUUAUGGCCACCGCAGAUUGCGCCACACUGGCUCAAAGGUGAUAAUCAGGGCUGGGUCCGCAGUGACAACACCCCAGGUUGUCCCAGCGAGCGGCCUCUUCUCGAUGGAGACAAAAGCUGUGGAACCAAAGGUAUCAGUCGUGCUGUGCUUGUGCCCAAACUCCUGGAAUUGCAACACAAGUUUGCAAUAACACCCCCAAUCGUUGCCAGAUGUGCCUGCGCAUUACUAAAUGUACGCAUGACUGGAGCUAAGGAGGCGAUAUUUGGAGUGAUUGAAUCAGGCAGAACCUGGCCAUCUGAGAAUGAUAGUCAAAUCGAUCACAAUGGGAUGGAUAUAUUGGAAGUCGAUGGGCCUACUAUCACUCACUGUCUCAAUCGCACCAGAGUUACACCAGAAGAAACGGCAAUUCAGCUUCUAACCAGGAUGACCAAGGACCAGGAUGAUAUUGUUUCCUAUAUCUACGCUCCAAUUGAUGAGAUAUGUCGAAAGCUAGAUGAUUCAGAUGAGACGUCUUUUGUUGACAUCGUUCAUCGACAAAGCUUCAACUGGAUUAUGGGAGGGUAUAAGGAACAUGUUUCAGAUCCAAUCAAGCGCAUUGAAGCCAUUGCUCGACCUGAUCUCGGUCUUUCAUGGCUGCCGGGUCUUUUGGACGGCAACAUGUUGAGGCUGACUGUGUCAUAUGAUGAUGCGCAGUUACGGGCAAUCGAGGUAUACAACAUCAUGACGGAGUACCUGUGCGCUGCGGCCUGGCUUUCUGAUCCUGCUAACAUGGAUAAGGAUGUAGCUCAAUGCGAGUUCCACGGCCACGAUAUUGUGGAUCUUGAUCGAGAGGGUGCAGGUCGCUAUCGUCAGUGA